AUGGCCGAUACGAUUAACACCGAUCAGCCAGACGACGGGUUAUCGCAGUCGUUUAGUCAGGGCCAGGAGUCAUCAGAGGAACCGAUCACGUUCAAGCGCAGGCAGAAACCCCCAUCACGGUUCGGUCUUCACAGCAUAUUUGGCAGCGCAAACGAUUCUCCCUUCUCAUAUCAUAGCCGUCUCAGGAGCAUCGACGAGAGUCCACGGGGCUCACGACCCGGUACAGCGAAUCAGAAUACCAGAGAACCGGGCAAUGGGUCCGGCGCAUCGCACAAACCGGGAGCACCGACGGAUUGGUAUAUCGAAGGACCUGGAAGAAGGGUAGGGUACGACGACUUGACUGCCAUUGAUUGGAUAUUUGAGUAUACAAAGGAAAGGCAACGGAUACGGCAUCUGAAUGCGAAUAACCCCGGCUUGCUUGGCACAUUCAGGCAGCUGCUAGACGUCAGCCAGGUUUGGAUGGUGCUAGUUAUGACUGGUUUGGCUGUUGGCCUUCUAGCAGGAUGCAUUGAUAUUACAAGUCGAUGGCUUGCUGAUAUAAAAGUGGGAUACUGCAAGUCAGGCGUGGAAGGGGGUAAAUUCUACCUCAACCGAAGCUUUUGCUGCUGGGGAUAUGAUGACCCGGCCAACUGCAAACAUUGGAUUUCGUGGCACGAUGCUUUCAAAAUCAGCUCCAAAGCAGGUGCUUUUGUUGCAGAAUAUAUGGUUUUUAUCAUGUAUUCGAUCCUGUUCGCCACAUGCGCAGCAGUCCUUGUCACAUCCUAUGCAACCCACGCUAAACAUAGCGGUAUCCCUGAAAUUAAAACAAUUUUAGGGGGUUUCGUGAUCAAGAAAUUUAUGGGGUUAUGGACUUUAAUGAUCAAAUCUGUUGGCUUGUGCCUCUCUGUGGCUUCUGGUAUGUGGUUGGGAAAGGAGGGCCCACUGGUUCAUGUUGCAUGCUGCUGUGCAAAUGUAAUCAUGAAACCAUUUGGCAGCCUCAAUCAUAACGAAGCACGGAAGAGAGAAGUUCUCUCUGCAGCAGCUGCUGCUGGGAUAUCAGUGGCAUUUGGAUCACCCAUAGGAGGUGUACUGUUCAGUCUUGAGCAACUGUCCUAUUAUUUUCCUGAUAAAACCAUGUGGCAGAGCUUUGUUUGUGCUAUGGCUGCAGCAAUCUCUCUACGCGCUGUCAACCCAUUCCGUACGGGGAACAUCGUCCUUUAUCAAGUCACCGAUUCUCAGAGAUGGCAUCCUAUCGAGAUUUUACUAUUCAUUCUCCUAGGCAUAUUUGGAGGCCUAUACGGCGGACUUUUCAUCAAACUCAACAUGCAGAUUUCUAAAUGGAGAAAAUCUCGAAAUUUUUCCUUCCCCGUAUUAGAAGUCCUCUUCGUGGCCCUUAUAACAGGCCUAAUCAACUUCCCAAACUCCUUCAUGAAGGCACAGCUAUCAGACCUUUUACAAGCUCUUUUCGCGGAAUGUUCCAAGACCCCAGCGGAUGAAUUUGGCCUGUGUAAGGGUAAUUCUGAUUUUACUGGAGUGUUUUGGGCAUUGGUGUUUGCCGGAACUCUCGGGUUCUUGCUUGCAUCUAUCACAUUUGGAUUGGAUAUUCCUGCUGGCGUGAUCCUCCCGUCCCUUGCCAUCGGUGCAUUGUACGGUCGAGCUCUGGGCACCAUGGUUAGUGUUUGGCAAAAAUCGCAUCCAAACUCCCUACUUUUUAGUGAUUGUGAACCUGGCGCACCAUGCGUUACGCCCGGUACGUAUGCAAUUGUUGGAGCAGCUGCCGCUCUAGGAGGGGCUACUAGGAUGACUGUGUCAAUCGUCGUUAUCAUGUUUGAGUUAACCGGGGCUCUGACGCAUGUGAUUCCAAUUAUGAUUGCUGUUAUGCUUUCCAAAUGGUGCGGUGAUAUAUUUGGAAAGCGAGGCAUCUAUGAAUCCUGGAUACACCUAAACGAAUAUCCUUUCCUUGACCAGAAAGACGACACUCCACCUCCAGAUGUACCAGUCAGCCAAGUUAUGACUAGCAUCAAUGACCUUACGGUAAUCACCGCUGUAGGCCACACCGUUGAAUCCCUGAGAAAUCUACUUUCCAGCACCUCGUACCGAGGGUUCCCCGUUGUAUCAGACAUGGCCAAUCCGACGCUGCUUGGAUAUAUAUCCCGCAAUGAAUUGUCAUAUGCACUUAAUGUCUCUUCCCGCCAUUCAGGAAGUCUCUCCCCAGAAACGCAGACCUUUUUCUCACAUCAGCCAUUUGCUGAUCCUGCCGAAACCCUUGACCUUCGACCGUGGAUGGACCAGACGCCCAUCACUAUGAAUAUUCAUACUAAUCUCCUGAUCGUACUAAACAUGUUUCAAAGACUUGGUCUGAGAUAUGUGCUUAUAGUAAAUAGAGGGAGACUAGAAGGGUUCUUGACAAAAAAGGAUAUCUGGUAUAUUCUUAACGAGUCAUCUAAAGCAGACCCUACCUCGGGAAUUGGCGGAGGUAUGUUACGGGCAGAUGGCUCGGGGGAGGCGCGCGGCUUGCUAUCCCGCGCCGACAACCCGAUGCUUGUCAGUCCCGUUGAUGAUGGUAAUAUGUUAUGA